UGCCAGUUAUUUGCUGUUCGUCGUGUCGAACUGUUGUGAUCUAUUUAAUCAGAGUUUUUUGUUAUUGUUUAAUACGUGUUAACACGUUGUGCGAAAAAUAGUGUCAAUAUAUAAAGUGAAAAUCAACAUUAAAAGAAGUGUAAUUAUCGAUUAUUAAAUGUUUUAUCGAUCAUUCUCAUCGUGGGAAAGUAAUUCUAGAUCAAAGGGAUAAGUGAUAGUUAGCUGUCAAGAUGGGAGCGAUGUUUAGGAGCGAAGAUAUGGCCCUCUGUCAGCUGUUCAUACAGCCAGAGGCCGCAUACCUUUCGGUUUCUGAACUCGGUGAAACUGGAACUGUACAGUUUCGUGAUCUCAACGUCGAUGUAAACUACUUUCAAAGAAAAUUUGUGAAUGAGGUGCGUCGCUGUGAUGAGAUGGAGCGGAAACUUCGUUACAUUGAAGCCGAGGUGAAGAAGGAUGGAGUUUCGAUAGCAGAUAAUCUUACAGAAUUGCCACGCGCCCCAAAUCCUAGGGAAAUUAUAGACCUUGAGGCGCACCUAGAAAAGACGGAGAACGAGAUACUUGAGCUGAGCCACAAUGCGGUGAACCUGAAGAGUAACUAUCUUGAGCUUACGGAGUUGCGUCACGUGCUCGAGAAAACGCAGGUUUUUUUCACGGAGAAUCAAGGUUCGCUUCUUCUUCUGUAUCAACAGGAAGAGGCCAACGACUCAAUCACCAGGGCACUGAUAAACGAGGAGGCACAGAAUCAGAGCGCCACGAGUCGCGGACGACUCGAGUUCGUUGCUGGCGUGAUCAAUCGGGAGCGAAUUCCAGCCUUCGAGCGGAUGCUGUGGCGGAUAUCCAGGGGAAACGUUUUUCUACGGCAGGCAGAACUUGAAAAACCUUUAGAAGAUCCAAGCACAGGUAAUGAAAUUUACAAGACGGCGUUCGUUGCAUUUUUUCAAGGAGAACAACUGAAAAGCCGUAUAAAGAAAGUAUGCUCUGGAUUUCAUGCGUCUCUUUACCCUUGUCCAAAUACAAAUUCUGAACGAUUAGAAAUGGUUAAAGGAGUUCGUACUCGCUUAGAGGAUCUAAAUUUGGUUCUAAACCAAACUCAGGAUCAUAGACAACGGGUUCUACACAAUGUAGCUAAAGAACUACCAAACUGGAGCAUAAUGGUUCGUAAAAUGAAAGCUAUUUAUCACACAAUGAAUCUUUUUAACAUGGAUGUUUCAAAAAAAUGCCUCAUUGGAGAAUGUUGGGUCCCUGUUGCAGAUCUAGCAAUUGUCCAAAAUUGCCUUACGGAAGGGUCGUGUCUUUGUGGAAAUUCAAUACCAUCUUUCUUGAAUGUCAUUCAUACGGAUGAAGAUCCGCCAACAUUUAAUAGAACUAACAAAUUUACGAGAGGUUUCCAGAAUUUAAUUGAUGCAUAUGGAGUAGCUUCCUAUCGUGAAGCAAAUCCUGCUUUAUAUACUAUAAUUACUUUUCCGUUCCUUUUUAGUAUUAUGUUUGGUGAUGCAGGUCAUGGUUUGAUCAUGACGUUGUUUGGACUUUUUAUGGUUGUAUGGGAAAAAAAGCUUUCUGCGAAAAAAACAAACAAUGAAAUUUGGAACAUUUUCUUUGGAGGUCGUUAUAUUAUACUCCUAAUGGGUUUGUUUUCCAUCUACACUGGUAUUAUCUACAAUGAUCUGUUCUCAAAAUCAGUUAACGUAUUUGGAUCUAGCUGGCAAUCGACUUACAACUACUCCACAUUACAACACAAUCACUUUCUACAAUUGAAUCCAAAUACAGAAGGUUACAGCCAAUCACCUUAUCCGUUGGGGUUAGAUCCUGUAUGGAUGGUUUCGGAGAAUAAAAUUAUCUUUCUGAAUUCUUAUAAGAUGAAGCUGUCGAUUAUUUUUGGCGUUGUACAUAUGAUUUUUGGAGUUUGUAUGAGUGUUGUCAAUAUUAUACACUUUAAGAAAUACGCGAGCCUCUUCCUCGAAUUCUUGCCUCAACUUCUAUUUCUUAUACUUUUGUUUCUCUACAUGGUGACGCUCAUGUUUUUGAAAUGGAUUCUCUACUCCGCCACAAACGAUGACAUGAAAUACAGGCCGGGUUGUGCGCCUUCUGUAUUAAUUACUUUCAUAAAUAUGAUGCUGUUUAAGAGUUCACCAGUUCAAAAAGGUUGUUCAGAAUUCAUGUUUGAUGGUCAAAAACCUCUUCAGUUGGUCUGUGUAUAUUUGGCUUUGAUCUGCAUUCCAGUUAUGCUAUUUGGAAAACCACUCUAUAUUAAAUUUUCGAAGAAGCAGCCAGGCAGGAUUAUGACAAACGGUUCUACGACUCAAGACAUUGAAUUACAACCGGAAGGUUAUGAGUUAACUGCAACAACGUCGGGAGGAAACGCAGUAGGAGGACAUGACCAUGAUAGUGGAGGUUUUGGUGAGCUGAUGAUCAAUCAAGGAAUUCAUACAAUAGAAUACGUUUUGUCUACAAUAUCGCACACUGCAUCAUAUUUACGGCUGUGGGCACUGUCUCUGGCUCAUGCUCAACUUUCCGAAGUUCUUUGGAACAUGGUAUUGCAGAAAGGUCUAGGCGCUACAGAAGGAAAUUAUGCUAAAGCAGCCGUUUUAUUCGUAACAUUUGGAGCUUGGUCUCUUUUUACUUUAGCCAUUUUAGUCAUGAUGGAAGGCCUUUCUGCAUUUUUGCACACACUUCGUCUUCAUUGGGUGGAAUUUAUGAGCAAGUUUUAUGAAGGUCAUGGUUAUCCUUUCCAACCUUUCUACUUUAAGACGAUUUUCGAUACAGAAGAUGCUGAAGAGUAGAAUAUGAAAUUGUUAUUCAAAACACAAAUUAUUGUUAAUUUUAAUAUUUAUCGAAAAUGAUAAUUCAUGAAUAUUACAGCACAAGUGUGUUAGUGCGCGAGAGAGACUAAAAUGAUUAAGAAUAAUAUUCAUAAUGCAAUUCUCUCUGACUCUUGUUUUACACUUUUUCAAGCAUAGCCGUCCAGUAUAAACGAAUGUAUAAACACAGAUGCCUUACCACAGUGUGAUGUUUGUAAAAUUUUUAUUAAUUCCGGAGCUUCAUAUUAUCUUUAUAUGUGAUCAUAUGUUAUAGUCUUAUAACGCGUAUACAAAAUUUUACAAAAAUUUGUAUUAUAAUGUGAAAAUUACGUAAUUGAAUUAUAAUAUAAAAUGUCAGUUGUAAUUGUAAAUUUUUAUUAAUGAAGAAUUCGUCUUAAAUUUUAUGAUUUGUUGUUAAUAUAUACUUGUUCUGAUUUCAACAUUCUAUAAACAUUGGAUAGCAGCACAGGAUCGACAUUAACUUUCGACACAAAAUCAACAUUGUUAUUUAGUACCGAUUUGAUAUCGAAAACAGAUCGAAAUGUAUGGUUCCACUGUACAUAUUUUUAAUAUUCUUUCAACAUCGGGUACUAUAUAAUGUCCAGUUGACAGUACUCCUUGUGACGUAGUUAUCAAGGAACUCUGUAAACCUAAUUCAUAAUUUUUAAAUGUCUUUUAAUGUCAACUUCAUGUCGUUAAACCAAUAAUAAAUUCCCGACAUAAAUUGUAAAAAGGAGAAAGUUUAUCAUUUAUAUAAAUUUAAAGAAAUUUAAAUAAUGAA